AUGGACAGCAUUAUUAACUUCCGAGACAAUCUUGAUGAUGCCAUCUUAGAUGGUGCCAUUAACAAUGCAGAGAUGUGUGAUGUUAUGAUCUCUCUUGGAAGCACCAUGACUGUAACACCUGCCAAUUCUCUAAUAGAUACUAGUCCAAAAAUGAUGAGCCUGAUAAUAUGCAACAGGCAGGUGACAGAUUAUGAUCAUAUAUGCCAGGGAAAGGCCAGGAGGUUCUCUGAAGGUGUUAGGGUGUUUGGGGACUGUGAUACCCUCAUGAAGGAGAUAAUGCCACUAAUACUGACAAGUAAAGAACUGAGUGACUGGGAAAAUGAGCAAUCUUUGAGAUUGAAGCAAUAUAAUAGUAAACGAAAAUGAUCCGAGACAAUCUUUGAACUCCAAACAUACUCACACUACCAUACCUCCAAACUGUAGCCUGUAUCCCUUGAAAA